CCUCAACAUGUGUGAUCAAGUAAAAGCAUUAGUUGUGGACAAUGGAUCUGGUACCAUUAAAGCUGGAUUUGCUGGUGAAGAUGUUCCCUGUACCAUAAUCCCUGCCAUUAUUGGUUAUUCACGGCAAGAAGAACUCAUACCAGAAAUGGAUCAAAAGAUCUCGUUUAUAGGAAAUGAAGCCCAAAGCAAAAGAAAGGAGAUCAACGUAAAAUAUCCUAUUGAGCAUGGUAUAAUUAUGAAUUGGGAUGAUAUGGAGAAUAUAUGGCACCAUAUAUUCUACAGCGAACUUCGAAUUACUCCAGAAAAUCAUCCUGUUUUAUUAACAGAAGUACCACAGAACUCUAAAUCUACAAGAGAGAAGAUGGCGCAGAUCAUGUUUGAAUCUUUUAAUACACCAGCAAUGUUCCUAGCUAUUGAAGGUGUAUUAUCUUUAUAUGCUUCUGGUCGUUUAACCGGUAUUGUGUUGGAUUCCGGACAUGGUGUUUCUCGUAUAGUACCAGUUUAUGAAGGUUACGCCAUUCCCAAUGCCCUCCUACGUUUAGAUUCGGCGGGUGAAGAUCUGACCAAGUACUUCACGAAAAUUCUGUCUGAUCGUGGCUACAAUUUCAACUUCACUGAUCACAAAGAAAUUGUACAAGAGAUGAAAGAAAAUCUCUGUUACGUUGCUAUGGAUUUUGAUCAAGAAAUGGUUCAGGCUACUAGGGGUAGCUCUUUCGAGAAGAGUUACAAACUUCCUGAUGGUCAAAUUAUCACAGUUGAUAGUGAAAGAAUCCGCUGCCCGGAAGCUCUGUUCCAACCAUCCUUCAUGGGUAGCUCAGCGAAGGGUAUCCACCAGAACACUUACGACUCGAUCAUGAAAUGUGAGGUGGAUGUUCGUAGGGAUUUGUACUCCAACAUUAUAUUAUCUGGUGGCAAUACCAUGUUCCCUGGAAUCAAAGAUAGGAUGCAUAAAGAGAUUAUGACUUUGGCUCCAUGCGCAAUGAGAAUCAAAAUCCUCACGGAAUCAGAAAGGAAGUAUCUGGUGUGGAUAGGAGGAUCAAUUCUUGCUGAACUUUCCACGUUCCAACAGAUGUGGAUCAGAAAACAAGAAUACGAUGAAUUUGGCCCUUCAAUUGUCCAUAAAAAGUGCUCCUGAAUAUCUUUACAAUAUUAUUUGUUCACUAUUUUAUAUUUCAUUAGGUAAAUACUGUAUACAUUUUCGCAUUUGGUCAAAAGAUUAUUAUUUCAGUUUUGUAUCCGUUUUACAGGAUAUUGUAAACAUUCACUCGACUUCACGUGGCGUCGAUUUCAAACCUAUGUGAUGUUAUCGAUGUCUGCCAGUAAACAUUCCAGUAAA